GUUUACAGAUGUCACCACAUGCGUCACAGCCGGUAACCAGAAAUGGGCGAGUGUUAGUGGGAGCCUCAAAAGUCAUAUUCGGCUUCCAAACAAACACAAGGUACAGAAUGAUCGCAGCGUACCGCAGUGCGUCUGUAAGCGAGGCACUGCGGUUCUUUACUGCCCACAUGUGGAUUCUGUCCGUCCUGCUGCUCGUCUUUCAGACAAACUGUUUCACAUCGACAGGUCCUCCUGCCCUGUCGUCCCCACCUGAGUGUUUCAUGCCAUGUGAUGAGAAGAGCUGUAUUAGUGACAUCCACUGUACAUGGGAGGAUCGAGGGCUGGAUCAUUUGUUUCCCACGAACUAUAUCUUGCACUGGAAGACAACAGAUAACAACAGCAGAGGCAAUGUCACCAGUUCCAACAGUUUGAAAGGAGUUAUACAGCGUGAAGACUUUAUCAACCAUGAAGAACUUUCUGUUUGGGUUGAAGCUGAGAACCAGCAUGGUUCUGGGAACUCAAAGGAGAAUGUGUUCAAUACAGCAGAUAUCAUCAAACCACCCCCUCCUAAAGUUACACUGACGCAGCAGGAGCCUCUAGAGAUCGAGUGGCUUUCCUUCUGUGAUGAGCUCCAGUUCUCUGCAGGAACUUGUGACGUCCGUUAUCGCAUUGACACCAACCCUGUCUGGUCUAAGCAGUAUGAAAGUGGAUUCCUUCAAACCUACGUGCUCGACAACUACCUGCCUGGCACAGUCUAUGCAUUUCAAGUUCGUUGUGCCUGUAGAAUCGGAUUGAUGAGUGACUGGAGCGCAGUCCAUAAAAUAAGAAGUGAAGGGAAAGCUCCUGUGGGAGAGUUGGAUGUAUGGAUGGAUUGUAGCACAACAACUGGACUCUUAGACUGCAUUCUGAUCUGGAAGGAGCUUCCUUUAUUUCUUGCACGAGGUGUUAUCAUGGCAUAUGAGGUCGUACUGUUUUACAGCAAUGGGACAUCGGUUCUGUUGAAUGUGUUCACACCUGACCCAAAAGGCCUGCUGACAUGCAGUGAGAUGCAGUGUUACUUCAACUGCUCUCUAAAAGACAUCUCAUCAGUAAACGUAUCAGCCUUAAAUGCUCAUGGUGCUACAGUACCCUCUCAUCUGAAGAUGCCAAUUUUGGAUUCGUCAGGUCAAGAGAAAGAUGACCAAAUUAUUAACCUCAUGAUGACUGAACAGAACCUCACUGUGUCCUGGGAACUGCCUACUCAGCAGCCUUACAACUUGAAAAUAUAUGAAGAGUAUGUGGUGCAAUACAAACAAGUGGGAACUCCUCCAGGCGUAGGCUUUGAUUGGGUCAAAGUGAACAAAAGUCAAAAAGUGGUAUUUUUCAAAGGUCAUUUCAGAAACUACACACCCUACCGAGUAUCCCUGUUUACGGUGUCACAUGGCAAAAAUGUUCACUUCCUCUCAUCAAAUAUUGGAUAUAGUCUUGAAGGAGCUCCUUCCAAAGUGCAGUCACUUAAGGUACUUUCCAUUGCUGACACUCAGGUGACCCUUUUUUGGGAGUCUGAUCCUCUGUACAAGCAGAAGGGCUUGGUCCUGUACUACCAAGUAGGAACAGACAGCAUAAAUGUGUACAACGUGAGUACUUCCCCCCUGAGUUCAAAUGAGACGUUUGUGCUGAAGAGUCUCCGUCCAGGUCAGGAGUAUCAGGUGUGGAUAAGAGCUGUGACCAAGGCUGGGCCUGGAGCAAAUAACACUGCAACCUUCAAAACAAUACAGCUUGAAAAUGAUGUCUCAUUACUACCAUCACUUACUGCUCUAUUCCUGUUGUUAGUGGCCCUUCUCUUUUUUCUGUGGUGUUAUACAUCAGACAAAGUGGGUUUAUGGUUAAGUGAAAAGGUGCCAGAUCCCAGCAACAGUCAAAUCUUCAAACAUUUGAAGAUGAACGAUGCCUCGGCUUCAAUUUUUAUACCCAUCCUUGAGCGACAUCCAAGUAUCUCUGUGCUGGAGGUUGUCAACAGGUUUUCGGGGGAUUUCAAGCCCAACCUGGAAAAAUCCUUGGCAGAUAAAUCAGCUAGACAUGAUGAGAUCUUACACAUUGACAGGCACAAUGAACAAAAACUGGCAUGUGACAGGGCAGACCAAAGAUGUAGAAGAGAAGAGUACAGCAAAAUGGUUGACUCUGAUGAGGAGGGAAACAACAAGGUUGACUCCUGGAGCUCUUCAGAGGAGGAAGAGUUUACACCAGGUUAUGAAAAGCACUUCAUGCCCACUGCACUAGAUAUACUGGAAGGUUGACAUUUCUGACUGAAUUGUUUACAUCAUAUUUGUGUGUUUUUGUGAGUCCACAAAUAUUUUUUAAGGUGUUUAUGCUGUUUUUAUACUAUUGACUGAAGUGGGAGUAAUUCCUACCCAACUGCAGCUCAUAGGAUUUUUAAUAUAAAGUUUAAAACAAAGAUGGGUGCUUAAUGUAUCAACUUUAGUCAAAUCAACUUUAUAAAAAAUGUUUUAUAUGGUUUUAUUCAAUGUGUUGUAUAUAUUUCUAUAAGAUGGAAUAAUAGCACAGUCUUACUUUUGGGCAUGUUGCUGUGGUCUUAUUAUGAGAUUUUUUUUUACCAGCUGUACUAGAGUGGUUUUACGUAGUAGAGCCAUGCAAUGCAAGUAAAAUGUUUUAAAUUUUUACUGGUUGUUCUCUUAAAACAUUUAUGUUUCCUAUUUUCUAUUUUGCAAUUGGAAGCUAAAUAUCACUCAUUUUUAUAUAAUGCUUGAAAGAUGUAUUUUUAAUUUAUUUGGUUCAAAUUACUCUUCAACUUUGAAGUAAAUAAUGUUCAUGGUGCGUUCAUGGUGCAUUGUCGAGGCUGGACAAAUUAAAAAUGUUUAACACAA